CAUAGUUGUAACCUGAAGUUAAACAUGCAGCGCUCGACUGAGCUCGUGGGCGCUUUCCAGCGCGCUGGGGCUGCCCUGGCGAGCCCGGCCGCAAGCCGGCAGCUUAGCACCCUAGUCGAAAAGUUUACGUUUGGCAGCGCUGCGGAUGGGCCCACCGCCAGCCUGGGGAGCAACGUCAAGCUGACCGUGAAGGGCUCGGGAAAGGGUGUCGAUGUGUCGGUGUCGGCCGGCGCGGGCAGUGCUAAGGUGUCGUAUGCGCCAUCCGACCUGCGCAAGGUGGCUGCCUCGUCCCUGGUGCUCCAGGACGUGUCAAGGAUCUCCACCGCGCAUAGCGCGUUUAUGAACUACCUGCUGACACUGACGCACGAGCGGUACUCGGUGCUGGCAACCUGGCCGGACUUCACCAAGGCGUACGGCAAGGAUUACUACUACCGCGCGCACCCGGACGACCUGCGCAAGUUCUACUCCAUGGUGGACGAGUUCCACCGCAUGUGGGACGUGGUCACGGAGUUCGGCAGCCUGUCGGGCCUGGCCAGCCAGCUGGUGCCGGGCUACCGCGUGCGGCGCCACAACACGGUGCACCCGGCUCUGGGCCCCGCCACCGCGGACGGCGCUGUGGUGCAGUUCCUGCUGGCCCACGCCAAGUAGGCGCCGAGCUGUGUGGGCGGGCGGACGAGCCACGGGCGCAGGGAUGCAGCUCGGAGGCGAUGCAGGCGGCUGGUGGGCGGCGGAGAGCGGCAAAAGCGUGUCACGGCUUGUCUCAAGAGCUUAUUCGGGUGACUAUAUGUGUGCUUUAGGGAGGUACUAGAUAGGAACAGCAGCGCGGACAAGUCUUGUUGGAGCUUUGCGUUUUGUGGACAAAGAUGUGUGGCCUGGGUGGCUUGGGGUUCGCUUUGUGAGCUGAUGUGUGCUUCGUGCAUCACACCCGCUGUGGCUGUAAAGCGCGAAGGUUGCACACGCUCACUCACGUUGCCCGUCGCAUGCACGGGGCUAGUAAGGGACAUGCCGCAACCCGUCCUGCAGGACCAUCUCAAGCUCAGGGAGACAGCCCUCCCCUGGCUGUGUACCCAUUGUCCGUGCAAAAAGACGCAGCUAGGAUGCUAGUCACACCGCAGCCCGCAACAGCCGUAACGUAUACCGGCAUUUUGUUAAAAUCUGAUGCACGUGGACAACACUAGGAUGGCCCGUCAACAUCAAGUACCAUUGCCGUAGUAAGAGUAGCAUAGUGCUUAGCGGAGGAAUACCACACCGGCAAACCCCCCCGCGCGACGGACGCACGACGGAUGGACGGACGGCGGAACGGGGUACGUCUGCACGAAACACAAGCAGCGCGCAAACCACAAACACGACGCAAUUCCGCAUCACAAUACCUAUCACGCCCAAGAAGUGGCGCCGGCGCGCAGGUUGAGACUGGCGGCCGGUGUCUGGUUGUGGGCGGAACGGUAGUUCUACGCCGCACAAGUGUGUAACCCUGCGGAACACGCCCUGGGGCA